CGGAGGGGCAGGACAUUUUCGAGGAGGUGUUGGAGAUGCUGUCCUACCUGACCUACUACGGCACCGGCAUCAGCGAGCGGCUGUGGGCGCUGUGGCCGCAGAUUGAGGCGGCGGUGAACGAGUGGGCGGUGGAUUACUGGGAGAACAUCCUGGUUCCUCUGGACAACUACAUCAGCAAGGACACGGAGCGCUUCCUCUCCUGCGCCGCCCCCGACUACCGCACCUCGCUAUUCGGCAUGGUCCGCGGCGCGCUGACGGGCGAGGGUUACGGCGAGCGUGACGUGGUUCCCGCCGCCAAGCUGCUGGAGGUGGUGCUACAGAACUGCCGGGGGCGGGUGGACGCCUGGGUGGGGCCCUACCUGCAGCUGGCGGUGGGGAAGCUGCAGAGCGCCACAAACCGCACACUCAAGGACACGCUGGUGCUGGUGGUGGCAAACGCGCUGUACUACAACGCAACCCUCGCGCUGGGGGUGCUGGCGCAGAUGGGCUGCGUGGGCUCCUUCUUCUCCGCCUGGUUCGCCGCCAUCUUUGCCACCAAGAAGAGCGGCAAGCCCAAGCACUUCCGGCGGCAGCAUGACAAGAAGGUGUGCGUGCUGGGACUGGUGUCGCUGCUGGCGGUACCUGAGGAGGCUCUGCCGGCGGAGGUGAAGGCGGGGCUGCCGCAGGUGCAGGCGGGCGUCAUGCGGCUGCUGCUGGCGCUUAAGGAGCAGCAGGCGGAGGCGGAGGAGCUGGCAAAGGAGGAAGACGACGAGGAGGACGACGAGGAGGAGGAGGAUGGGGACAUUGAGGAUGAGGAGGAGGACGAUGACGAGGUAAUCCGGGCUGCUCGGCGAGGCGCUCGGGACCUGCUGGGCGAUGGAGACAGCGAGGGGGAGGAUUCGGACGAUGAGUUCACGGACGACGAGGAGGUGCACACGCCCAUUGACCCGGUGGACCCCUACGUCUUCUUCGCGGAUGCACUCAGCGGCCUGCAGCAGCACAUGCCCGCCAGGUACCAGCAGCUGCUGUCCGCGUGCGACGCCGGCACCCAGGCGGCGCUGGCGGGCAUGAUGGCGUACGCGGCGGAGCUGCGGAGCAAGCCGCAGAAGGAGACGGG